AUGAAGUCCAAGCGGCAGCUCAAGUACAAGUUGCAAGGUGAUAAGCCAAAGCUUCGGCCCGCCCCAUCGCCACAGUUGGUUCAGUUCGAAGAAGCAGUGCGGAAUCGGGACCUGCAGACUCUUGUGUGGCUGAUCGACAGUGGAGUUGUGGAUGUGAACCAGGAAUCGGCAGGAGGCGAGACGGCUGUGAUGGCUGCGGUGGCAGCCAACAACAAACAAAUGACCGCCGACGAGCUGGACUCCCGCCAUCCCGACUGCCGAGCCCGGAUCGUGCCGUGCGGGGCGUGCGGCCUGGGCGGGAUCGUCGCCGAGCACUUGGACAGACACAAGGCGGACGAGUGUAAGAUGCGACUGGUUCAGUGCAAAUAUGCCCCGCACGGAUGCAUGAAGCACCCGCUGUUUGCGUACGAGAAGAACGAGCAUGAAACGAUGGAGUGCCGGUUCCGACUCGUGUGGUGCCCCAUGGGCUGCGGCCAGCACGUGGUCGCCAACACCGUCCAAACCCAUCCCAUCAAGCAGUGUGCGGCAUGCGAUUCUCCACGUGUUCCCUCGGCUGUGGCGUCGAAAUGA